AUGGGGAAAAAGAUAUCCGGCGCGCAGAAGAGGAAGAAGAGGAAGGAGAAAGAAGAGCUCGCCGCGAAAAUGGAGCGGUUGAAGCUCGGACCGACGCCGCUUUGGACGGGAUUGGUGUUGCAUCACAAGGAUAUUUUUGUAUCGCAUGUGCUUCCGAAAUUGAAUAGGACAGAUCGGUUUUUCUUUAAGAAGGUGAAUAGAGAGAGUUGGGGUGUGCUUGCGUACGCCGGGGUAAACGUAUCGAAAUUAAAUUGGGGUAUUUACGAAUGUUCAUCCAUUUCGACGUUGGAAUGGGUGUGGAAUAACAUGCCCUGGGGAAAGAAAGAUACCAAAGGAGACGUGAUAGAUCAAGCCUUGUUUUGCGCGGGAGUUGCUGCAACGAACAAACUCGAGUUCCUCAAGUGGGCGAGAGAAGUGAAACAGUGCGAGUGGGAUGAAGAGACGAUUAAAGUGGCAGCAUUUAAAGGUAAUCUCGAGAUGCUCAAGUACUGCUUCUCUAAUGGUUGCCCUUGUGAUAAAAAAGAGUCGUGCUUUCAAACUGCGAGUGAAGGACACCUCGACUGUCUUCGAUUGCUUUUCGAAAAAGUGAAACCUUCGCGAGGUACGGAAAAAGAAGUAGUAAUACAAGCAACAUGCUUUGGUCACGUGGAGAUCUUGAAAUAUUUCGUUGAAGAAAGAAAGAUAUCUGAUGAGUUAAAGUUCGCCCUCUUGGUAGCCGCUGCAAAGUAUGGCCGCCUCGAUUGCCUUCAAUACUUAGUCGAAGAGGCGAAAGCGCCUCUUAACAACUUGGAAGGCAUCGCUAACGCUCGUUACUUCGAACAACGCGAGUGCGUAAACUACUUGCUCGAAAAAGGGUGCCCAGAACCAACGGACGAAGAAUACGCUUGGAUCGUCGAGCAAAUCGAAAAAAUGGAGCGAUUGAGAUUAUAG